AUGGAGCACAUCACAGCCCUCGUCUUGCUGCUGGUCGGGACCUGCGCCCUAGGGGGCGCCUCCCUCGAGCCACGUGACCCCAAGUACAAUAUUCCUGUACUUGAUCCUCUGGUGGUGAAGGAGCUUCGUCUGGGAGACGGCUUCGUGGCGAUGACACUCAAGAACAUGAUCAUCAGAGGGUUCGGCAGCUCCAAGGUAGUCAAGAGGGAGCACGACAUCCUACUUAAGCAAAUGUACGCAGAUCUCUCUGUCCCACAGUUGGUCGUCGAUUCUGAAUACGAAAUAAGCGGCAGUUUGCUGAAUCACCUCAUAGUCGGUCGUGGAUACAGCAACACAACCAUCGAUGACCUGAAAAUUAAAUAUGUUAUGGAUUACGAUUUGAUUCAGAAGGCAGAUGGGAAGGUCUACGCUAUAAAGAAAGAUAGUCAAACGUUUUUUGACAUCACAGGCGGUAAAAUGUAUUUGAGUGAUUUGUUCGACGGAAACAAGGAACUGGGUGAAAGUGUAAACAAAUUUUUAAACGAUCACUUCUUAGCAGUUUUCCAGCAAAUGUCUGCUCCCAUUGGACUCAAAAUUGUUAACAUUAUGGAGGAUGUUCAAAACCAACUUUUCAACCUCAUCCCGUUCAAUGAUUUGUAUGCUUAAUCAUCGGUCACAUAAAAAAAUACUGAAGUGCAGAAACCGUGUUACCAGAACAGUUCCAGUGCCAUAUAAACUCUUCUCUUCCUGUUCGGGAGAAACCACCAAACGUUAAUAACUUCUACUGAGCAAGAUUAAUUUUAUUUUCAUAUU